AUGAAGAAGCUUGUUAAGGAGUUUGUUCGAGAAAUGGUGAAAGGAAAAGAAAUGAAUGUUUUGCGAGCUGAUGGCAGCCAUAUGUCCGUGAAAUGUGGACUGACCAGGUCCUUGGACACCUUGCGCAUCAAGUCUGGCGCCGAAACUCGGCACCUGAGCCUCAACGAGGUGGAGAAGGUCCUUCAAGGAGCUCCAGAGGAAUUGAGUGACCUGGAAACUCCCUUAGACGAGGCAUGUGCCACUCUGGUGCUUCAGAAUGAGUGCAUCUCUUUUAAGUUUAUGGAGCAGGAGAAAGCUGAGCUCUUCACCCUGAAGUAUCGAGGCUACAUCCUUUGUGAAUCCAAAGCUGGUUCCGCAGAUGGCCUGGAGGAGCACCCGAAACUGGCUUUUCCAGUGCUGGUGCCCAAUGCCAAGGGCCUCCAGGCUGCACUAGAUGCCGGUGCCAAAGAGGUGACGCUCCUAGCUGCUGCCAGCGACACCUUCGCCAAAAAGAAUACGAACUGCACGGUAGAAGAGAACCUGGAACGUGCCGCAGUGGCACUGCAAGUAGCCGCUGCUUCACAGUGCCAUGUAAGGGCUGCAAUCUCUGUGUGCUUGGGCUGCCCCUAUGAAGGCGAAGUUCCAGCACAGCGUGUGGCACAGGUGGCGAGCCGCUUGUUGGAGGGUGGCUGCCAAGAGGUGGUGAUUUGUGACACCAUUGGCACGGGCACCGCGGCAUCCGUGCGGAAGGUGUUGGAGGCCGUGGAAGGUGCCGGUAUUCCCAUAGACCGUGUGGGGGUGCAUUUCCACGACACCUACGGUCAGGCUGUGGCCAAUACUUUAGCUGCUUUGCAGUUUGGUGUGGCCAAAGUGGAUGCUGCAGUGGGUGGAGUAGGUGGUUGCCCCUUCGCAGGGCCAGGGGCCAGUGGCAACGCAGCAACGGAGGACAUAUUGCAACUGCUGCAAGGUCUUGAAGUGGAGACUGGCUUAAACUUUUCCAAGCUCGCAGAGACGGGGGAGUGGCUCACUUCCCACAUCCUGCAGAAAGGCAAUGGAUCCAAGGCCGGGCCAGCAACUUUGAGGCAAAGACGGCCAGCUCCGCAGAGGAGUGUCGAUUCUCCACGUCGGCCCCUGGAUGGAGUACGUGUUCUGGAGGUAGGACCGGGCCUUGUGGCAGGUGGCUGGACAGGAGCUACCUUGGCCUACUUUGGUGCAGAGGUUGUGAAAGUGGAGCCGCCUGAAGUCGGAGAUGGCAUUCGCAAGUGGAGAAUUCUUGAUAGUCAGACCCAGACAAGCCUUUGGUGGCAGAGCAUAGCUCGAAACAAGCGGAGCCUAGCGCUGGAUCUACGACAGCCAAAGGGCCGCGAGUUGCUGAAGAAGCUUACAGGUCAUGCUGAUGUGCUGGUGGAAAACUUUAAACCAGGCACCCUUGAGCGAUGGGGUAUGGCACCAGAGACUUUACGACAGGAGAAUCCUGGACUUAUUGUAGCCCGUGUGUCGGGCUAUGGUCAAACUGGGCCAAAGAGCCGUGGCUGCAAUUUAGGAGGUCACUUAAUUUGCCGUCAUGUGGUGACAUUGUCAUGCAGUGACUAUUCUUGGUUCACUCACUGCUUUGAGCAUAGCCAAUCACAGUUGGCAUGGGUUGUUGCAGUCUAA